CCCUCUUCCAAUGGCCACAAAAAAACAUUCGAAAUUGAAAGACUUUCUGUCUGCAAGUUUCACUGAAUUCAAUGAGCAAAAUUCAGAACGUUUAAAAGCUUUAUAUUCUGAUUUUUCAAAACUUUCCCUUUUAAACAAAUAUGCGUAUGACACUAAUGUCAGUUACUGGCGCAGAGUUAUUUUAGACAGUAAUCAACAAGGUUGUUUGGGCUCCAGAGAAUUCGCAACGGUUAUUGAAAAAGACACACUACCUGAAAAGUUUCAAAGGCCCGUCAUUGGUAGACCUUUGGCGUUAGAUUGUGUCCUUGACACCAUGGAAAGACAGGAAGAGUUGAUUACUCUGGAGAACUUCAACACACGGUUCUCCCCACCAGCUACAUGGUUGGGAUGGAUGGUCGACGCAGUUGUAAAGAACGCUUGGCAAUUCCGCUGGCGAAAUACUGUACAACAUGAAACUAGAUACGUCGUCUUACCCACAGUGAAGGCAUUAUCCCAAGCUGUACUUCGACAUCAUUAUGAAACUCCCUCAGCAGAUCCAAUCUUGACACUCACACAAUUCAAAUCCAAUUAUAGUCGUGAUUUCUUUAAUGAUAUGGAAUUGACAGAUGAUGAUGUUAUGUUGUUAUUGAGAUAUUUACAUUCCCAGCAUGGUGUUGCUUUGGCGAACAAUGUGCAGGGUUACGGGACAACGUAUAUGGUCAUUAAAUUUCCUUCAAGGGAAGGCGAAGUAGCUACCAUGACACAACACGAUAAAUCCAUUGUUAGUAUUCGUACCACAUGUCAGGCACUAUCAGUCCAAGUCGAUGAAUUACAGCGUAAAUCAGAAGAAUUGCAUAAAGAGUCAUUAGAGGAGAAGCGUUUGGGGCACACAGCCAAGGCUUUAUAUUGCUUAAAGAGAAAAAAGAACUUGCAGCAAAUUCUCGAGCGCAGGUUACAAUCGUUGGAGACGAUGGAUAAUAUUCUAUUAAAGAUUCAAACAUCAAAGGACGAUCUUCAAGUUGUACAAGCAUUUAAUAUGGGUGCGGAUACACUGAGAGAUGUACUAGGAUCAGACGGUUUGACACUUGAGUCAGUAGACGAGGCUAUGCAGAAUAUACAAUCAGCAUUUGAAGAUCAAAAGGAAAUUGAAGAAGCUAUGAAAAUGGGUGAUAUAUCAGAAUAUGCAGAUGAAGAUUUAGAGGAUGAAUUGUCACAAUUGAUUCGUGAAUCUCCUUCUCCUGCAUCCAUACCCUUACCUGUAUCUCCUCCACCCGUACCUGAUACGAACGUAAAUUCUGAGUUAUCAAGAUUAAAUCAAAUGUUCUCUUCUGUUAAAAAUGUACCUCGUCAAGGUCCAUCAAAGAAAGAAAAAGAAUAUGCUUAAUUUCCCCCAUCCAAUGAAAAUUAUCCCUUGAGCGAAAAAAUAAAAAAAAGAAGUCUUACUUUUUUUUUUUUUUUCUGUAAUUCUU